CUGGACCUGGACGAUUUCACGGCGGAGGAAAUCACCGCCGUGCUGGAUGACGCGGCGGCCAUGCGCGAGGUGCUGUCCCGCGACGUCAAGAAGGUGCCCACGCUGCGGGGCAAGGUCGUCGUGACCCUGUUCUACGAGGCGAGCACCCGUACCCGCAUCUCCUUCGAGGAGGCGGGCAAGAUCCUCAGCGCCGACGUGAUCAACAUGACCUCCACGGCCAGCAGCGUGGAGAAGGGCGAGUCGCUGUUGAACACGGGCCUCACGCUGCAGGCCAUGGGCGUCGACGCCAUCGUGGUCCGUCAUCCGCAUUCCGGGGCGCCGCAUUUCCUGGCGCGUACCCUGGACCGCGUGUCCAUCAUCAACGCCGGCGACGGAGCGCACGCCCACCCAACCCAGGGGUUGCUGGACCUGCACACCGCCCGCGAGCACCUGGGCGACCUGGCAGGGCGCAAGGUGGUGAUCGUGGGAGACGUGUUGCACAGCCGCGUGGCGCGUUCCGCCGUUUGGGGUUUCGCCAGGUUGGGGGCCAAUGUGGUGCUGUGCGGACCGCCCACGCUGCUGCCUGAUCCGUUGACACCGGCGGGAUGGGGUCCCGGCGACAACGGGGUGCACAAUCCGUUGGCAAGCGUGACCGUACAGCCCGACCUGGACGCAGCCGUCGAGGGAGCUGACCUGGUGAUGGCGCUGCGGUUGCAGCUGGAGCGGCAGAAGGUCGGGUUCUUCCCCAGCCUGCGCGAGUACAUCCGCCGGUGGCAGGUGAACGACGCGCGCAUGGCGAGGGCCAACCCCGAUGCGCUGCUGAUGCACCCGGGGCCGAUGAACGAGGGCAUCGAGGUUAGCACCGCGCUGGCCCACGGCGAACGCUCGCUCAUCGAGGAGCAGGUGACCAACGGCGUGGCCAUCCGCAUGGCGCUGCUGUACCAGUUGGUGGGCUCAGGAUCGGGUGGGGACUGA